GGUACACCCAACCCGCCAUUGGUAUUGGGCCACGUCAUGCAAUAGGAUUCAUUCCGCUAUCUCCUCUCCCUGUUGCCGAUAAGCCCUCCCUCUUGACUCUGGGUAUCUGUUUGCUGCUUGCUUGCGCGAAGAGCUACACCCGCCGGCGUUCCUAAUAAGUUUUGUACCCGAAACUCCCACGUCGACCCGCGCCGCGCAAUAUCUCUGUUCUGUCAUUAGUUAUGGCUGCAGUUGCCCUUGCCUCCACUCUUUCAAGUCUCCCUGCAACCAGAAAAUAUAAAGCUUUAGGUGGAAAGAAAUCAACAGCUCUUACUGCAGCAGCGAGGAAGUUAAAUGCAGCGAAAGGGGGUGUGUCAAGUGUUUGUGAACCCCUUCCUCCGGAUAGGCCAUUGUGGUUCCCUGGUAGUGCACCUCCCCAGUGGCUGGAUGGCAGUCUUCCUGGAGAUUUUGGCUUUGAUCCACUUGGAUUAGGGUCGGACCCAGAGUUACUUAAAUGGUUUGCGCAAGCUGAGCUAAUGCACAGUAGAUGGGCAAUGCUGGGUGUGGCUGGAAUCCUUAUCCCAGAAUGGCUGGAAAGCCUGGGUUUGAUUGACAACUUCUCUUGGUAUGAUGCGGGUUCUCGGGAGUACUUUGCGGACCCAACAACUUUGUUUGUGGUGCAAAUAGCGUUGAUGGGUUGGGUAGAAGGGCGAAGAUGGGCUGAUAUGAUCAAGCCAGGAUGUGUGGACAUCGAGCCCACUUACCCUAAUAAGGAGAAGCCUAAGCCUGACGUUGGUUACCCAGGUGGGAUAUGGUUUGAUCCACUCAUGUGGGGCCGGGGAUCUCCCGAGCCCGUCAUGGUUUUGAGGACCAAAGAGAUCAAGAAUGGCCGACUUGCUAUGCUAGCUUUCCUGGGCUUUUGCUUCCAAGCCAUUUAUACUGGCCAAGGCCCCAUUGACAACUUGAUGGCUCACAUUGCAGAUCCCGGCCACUGCAAUGUCUUCUCGGCUUUCACAUCACAGUAAUGUUGUGAACUAGAGUAAUUAAAGCAACGCGAUAUCAGACACUUGGAAAACGUACGGCAGGAAGGGGCCCAGAGCCGAUCCAUGCAGGACAAUGAACUCUCUUUGACUUGGUUGAUCGAAUCAAGCAAAUAUGGUCGAUUACCUCUAAACCAACAACACACACACACUCUCUCUCUCUCCUACGCUAUUUUGACUUCUUUUUCUUUUUCUGUGUGUGCAUUAGUCAACCUCCUUUGUUUGAUAGAUUUAUCAUUUAUGUUGCCGUGAAAUUAUAAUUUGCACAAUUCUGAAAAAGAAGAAUAAUUUGUCUCAUAAUCAUAAAAUUUUAUUUUUUA